GGGGGAUGUUUUUAGGCAGAUUAUCAAUUCUUCUAUUUGCAGAUAGCUUGUAUUUGUGAUUGUUUCAAUUUUUGUCUUUUCAAAGUCACACGCUGUACGAGUGGAUGCCUUAUGGCAGUGAUGUACCACUACAAGUCCCUGAGGGAAAGGACGGCGUGUCCGUGUGAGACGGUGUGUGAAGACACAACCAGAGACAGUGACACUGAUGUGAUCAAAACAUCUGCAGGACAUGGACACCCUCUGCUGGUGAAGGAAGGUGGCCUGGGGUUCUAAGGGCACCAAACACCAGCUGUUUUUAUGUUGCCAACAUCUUUACAAAUAUAAGGACGGCACUCCUUGCAAUGUAAUAUCCAGGCCAUUUGUGAGAUAUACAUAUCCAGGCUAAAAAUAUCAACUCAUGGUGUUAUCUUCAUAUGCUGGUCAAUGUUGAUCCAUUCAAAGUCAUAACAUCUGAUCUUGCGACUCCCCAGAGACAUUUAUGUUGUAUUAUUUUAUGUUUGUAACAUGAAAAACUAAUGCCUCAUACCUUUUAUUCAUACCUGAUGCAAUUUAAUGCUGCUGCACUGAAAGGCAUCAGAGGGCAAAUAUCACAAGUGUGAUUUUAUUGAGCCCCUAACACACAUAUAUAUACACAGAGGGCCAUUCAAAGGUCAGUCUCAGUCCGACAGACUCUGGCAUUGGUAACUGAGUCUAAUAAAAGAAAUGGGCCCCAGCAGUCUUCUUAACUAAGAGGCUGUAGUUUAACAACCAACACAGCUCAACACCUAGUUUACAAGAACAAGGUGUCAUACAUGCAGCUGAUGGCUCAGUUACAUGUAAAAGAGAGAAAAGACUAAAGUUACAGACACAUUUCUACCGUGCAUCUUUAUGUUUCCUGAUAACAUUCGUAAGUGGGAUUCUGAUGGUGGGUGAUGAUGAUGUCAACAGAAUGGAGGGUGCCGAUUGGAGAGUCAGGGAUCCAGGGAAAUCUAUAAAAUAGUUUUUAAAGACAUGCAGGAACGAAGCAAGAGGAGAAAAGAAGACAACUUUCAUGUCAAUAUUGAAUCCUGCUGAUGAGAAAGGUUUAACUGGAUUGUUUCGUAUGAAGGUUGGUCUCCACUGCAAUAUGCAGAUUUGGAAAUGGCUGAUUCUGUCUGUUGCGUUUGUGGUCACCUCAUCUUGCUGCAAUGCCUUAAGCCUUCCUCAGAUGAAUCAAACCGAACACCUGGCCAGGGAGUCUCCUCUGGCUAAUGUUACUGUGUACCAGCAAGGUCACUUUGAGAACAGCUCCAAUGCACAAGGACUUCGCAGGAAUUCCCCUGAGUUCAGUGCACCUCUUGAUCCCCUUUCAAGAAGCUAUUUGAAAGUAAAGAAAGACAAAAGAAGGCAAAGGAAAAUGCCCCAGAAACAGCCUGGACAAAAAGAUAAGCAGAUUAUGCCUGGAGAGAGCAGUAAUUUCAAGAUUCUCAGGGCGGGAGACGAGGUUCAACUGGCUGACAAUGUUGAAAGCACUCCAAUGCACCAGCCGAAUGCUAAACCAAAUGGCCACACGGACAUACUGGCAUUUGAAAGAAAUCCUACUCACUAUGUCAGAACAAAAGUUCCAAAAAAGAGGGGCCAGUCAGGAACAUUUGGCCUCCCAAUUGAUCGCAUUGGACACUUACCAAAACGAAGAGGCAAAAACUGAAAGAUUUUCUUUUCAACACAUUUUUGUUUGAUGUGAAAACGAUUUCUGAAUAUACGUAAAUAACUGAUCUGUAGACCAGGCGGUAAAACCUGCUAUUGUUACUAUUCAUAGAGAAUUUUUAUAUUAGAUCAAAACUUCAAUCAAAGAAAAACAGUCAGAUCAAGCGCAUUUUUAUUAUGUAAAUGGUCAUUCUUUUUUCCAUAAUAACAUUAUCAUUUAAAUAGAAUGUACGAAUCCUGAGAAAAUCUGCGCAAUGUGACAUCAUAUAAUGUUAACAAUCAAAACCUGAAAAAUUCCCGUUACAUUUCAACAAGCGGUCCACGUUUUCCAGUAUAAAAACCUGCAGCCUUCUUUUCGUCUAGCUUGUUUAAUCUUGUUCAAGUCUUCAGCAGUAGAAACAGAUGCAUUCUCCUCAUGUCUUUUCAUGAGACCCUUUUUAUCCUUCAGAGUUCCUCUGAAGAGUAUGUUACUGCCCUGUUCAGCAUCAUUUCGAUUUAAGAGCAGCAUGAGCAGUCCUUGAAUGUAGCCUUCAGAUUCCUUAAAAAAAUAUAUACACAUUUAUACAUAUUAUAUUGCAUAGAUAUAAAUAUAUACACAUGUAAAGAUUGUGUCAAAUAAAAUACAAUUUUGUGAAUAAAUUGAUUGGGACUCUCUGUUUAGAUCCAGAUUGCGUUCAUAUCACUGACAUUUAAAACACUGCCUCUGCUUCAGCACCUUGGAGAGCCACACUAAAGCACUCGUCUACUGAAGAUCGUCAUUCGCAAGCUCA